UUAAACACUCUCGUCUAAGUAUAGAGAGAUGGCUUCUGCAGUUGUUCUUCUUCUUCUUCUUCUUCUCUUGUUCAUUUCCAGUGUAGCCAAUGCCGGUGAAUGGCCUCCCUCCCCGGGCUACUAUCCUAGCUCUCGUUAUCGCACCAUGUCCUUCUACCAAGGUUACAAGAAUCUAUGGGGUCCGGCUCACCAGACCGUGGAUCAUAAUGGUGUCACUAUUUGGCUCGAUAAAACUACCGGAAGUGGGUUCAAGUCGGUUAAACCAUUUCGCUCCGGCUACUUUGGAGCCUCUAUUAAGCUUCAAUCUGGCUAUACAGCCGGAGUUAUUACAGCUUUCUAUCUAUCCAAUAGUGAAGCGCAUCCGGGAUACCAUGAUGAGGUGGACAUCGAGUUCCUCGGGACAACAUUCGGGAAGCCAUACACUCUUCAAACAAAUGUUUAUGUGAGAGGAAGUGGGGAUGGAAGAAUUGUUGGGAGGGAGAUGAAAUUUCAUUUAUGGUUUGAUCCCACACAGAAUUUUCAUCAUUAUGCCAUUUUAUGGACCCCUAAGGAGAUCACAUUCUUUGUGGAUGAUGUGCCGAUAAGGAGGUAUCCAAGAAAGAGUGAUGCAACAUUUCCACUAAGGCCAAUGUGGGUUUAUGGGUCGAUUUGGGAUGCAUCAUCAUGGGCUACAGAAGAUGGAAAAUAUAAGGCCGAUUACCAUUACCAACCUUUUGUUGGAAAAUUCACAAAUUUCAAGGCCAGCGGCUGCUCCGCCUACUCCCCGCCCCGUUGUCGCCCUGUCUCGGGCUCCCCGUACCGGUCGGGCCGUCUGACGGGGCAACAGGGCAGGGCUAUGCAAUGGGUGCGAAGUCACUAUUUGGUAUAUGACUAUUGCAAGGACUAUAAAAGGGACCAUUCCCACACACCAGAAUGCUUCCGUUAAUUUAUUUGAAUUGUUAUUAUUAAAGCACACCAGAUCUUGUGAUAUCUAUCUUGAUUUCGAUUUUCUUGAAUUUCUUGAGAUGUGUUCCUAGCUCCCCUCUUGCAACUAAAAAGACUGCAAGAGUAGGAAAAAUUUGCUGAUUAUAUUAUAAUUUUAUUGUAUAAUAA